AUGGAAUCUAGUACAAACCCAGACCCUGCUGCGCUGGCCCUACAAGUCCAGUCGCUGUCAGCAACCGUGGAAGAACUCACAAGACAGAACCAAGAAAUGAAACAACGACUACUACAAGAAAGCAAUCGUGCGGAUAGGGGAGACGAUGAAGACAGCAACAGAAGGCGGACAAGUACUCCAGAGGAAGCAAGUUCGGACCUAUUGAGAGAAAUGAGGAAAGAGAUGGACGAGCUAAGAAACGCCAUAAAAGGAAAGACGGACCAAAGUUUGGAGAGAAUCGUCCAGAAGACGGAUUCGCCCUUUACCAUAGCUGUCCAGGAGUGCCCUGUACCCUCCAAAUUCCGUCUACCACAACUAGAACCUUUCGACGGGCUGAAAGACCCCUUGGAUCACCUGAAUACCUUCAGGACGACCUUAGGCCUCCAACAGCCACCUGACGAGAUCUUCUGUCGCUCAUUCCCUACGACCCUCAAAGGAGCAGCCAGGGAAUGGUUCAACAAGUUGCCAACAUCGUCCAUCGACAAUUUCGAACAGUUGAGCAACUCCUUUGUCCGUCACUUCGUGGGGGGGCAGCGACCAAAGAGAACUGCCGACCACUUACUUACCAUCAAACAAGGAGAGAAGGAACCACUGAGGUCCUACGUGACACGCUUCACCCGAGGAAUGUUGGAAAUAGAUGAGACGGAUGACAAGGUACAUCUCACAACCUUCAAAGCAGGAUUGAAGUCCAGGGAUUUUGUAGCAUCCUUGGCAAAAAACCCCCCUAAGACGAUGGCCGAGACACUGUUAAAGGCUCAGAAGUACAUGAACGCGGAGGAAGCUCUGGCAGCUAUUGAUGGAGCAGAUAAGAGCAGGGAAAAGAAGAAGGAAAAGGAGGACGAUCGAAGAGGGCUAAAACGAGAACGUCAUGACAGGAGAAAUGACGAUCGAAGAAGGGACGAUAAAAACCCUCGUCCGUCAAAGUUCACCCCGCUGGCGAUGCCCGUAGAUCAAAUUCUAACAGAAAUAAGGGACGAACCAUCCCUAAAGUGGCCAAAACCACUCCAGUCAGCACCUGGAUUACGCGAUAAGAGGAAAUACUGCCGUUUCCAUAAAGAUCAUGGGCACUACACGGAGGACUGCAGGGACCUGAAAGAGCAGAUUGAAGAGCUCAUCCGUAAUGGGAAGCUACAACAGUAUGUAAAAAGGGGGGAUUUCAGCAGGUACGGACAGAAGAGCCAGCCAGUGAAUGCAUGA